GCUACGAGUCAGUUGGCCGACAUGAGCCGCGCGUGCUGGGGCUCUUGGUGUUUAUCCGCUCUUAACGGCUAAUCCCGAAACGCGUACCCUCGUACAUUGGGUCGUGCGCGUGCACUGUACCGCCCGUGAAACGUAUACGAGGGGUGAAAACUUUUCUCACAAUUCGUACCUGUGGGGAGAGACUUUUUUCGCGUUCGAUUUUUUACUCAGGUUCCAAUUUUUGAACAGCGUGAAUAGUUUUUCCGUGACGAAGGGGACCGGUGCGCUCCUUACGCGUCGUCGGAUCGGUUGUCGGGUACGUAAACGGGGAUCGAUGUGAAAUUUUCGGCUGGAUCAGCAAAUGAAUACGUGUCUCGAUGAUCGUAAUGUUCGGAACUAAAGAAUGACGUUGAGACGCGCGGUGUAACGAACUUGCAACGAUGAUAACACCAGUGUCAGUGCAGUGGGGUUAAAGUGCCAGCCGGUUUAUGGAUAACCACGGUUCGCUGAUUGGCUCCACGAGUGCGGGCUCGUAUCAAGCCGACGAGUGGCCAGUGUCGGGUCGAGUGACGUCGAGUGACGGUAUUUAAGUGUUACUUCGACCGGAGGUCUUUGCCUCCUCUUGCCACCGCGCGCGAGAGAGAUGAACGAAUGACUGACCCGCGGUGAUCCGUGAUACGCGAUGAGGCCGAAAUCUUGCUCGCUGUUCCUGUUGUUCUGCGUGAUUCUACCCGGAGUGGUUCGUCCCUUCCCAUCCGGCGAAGAAGGUGAAGAUGCCGCAGAGGAAGAGGACUCUUAUCUCUUGGAGGACGACGACGUGCCUUCGGCUACGAUAGCCAGCGAUACCGAACUCAUUUCUGAAGGCGGCGGUCAUUUACCAGUUUUCCUCACGGAGCCCGUAAACUCUUUCGUCGUGAAAAACAAGCCCGCUAUUCUACGUUGCAAGGCCGCUCACGCAUUGCAGAUCUAUUUCCGUUGUAACAACGUGAGAGCGGAGGAUUCUCAGUCGCAGGAUUUCGUAGAUCCCCAUACGGGAACGAGGAUCGUCGACUGUGAGCUCAAUGUUACGAGAGAUCACAUCGAGGAGUACUUCGGCAAGGAUAAAUUCAAAUGCGAGUGCAUCGCUUGGUCUGGAUCGGGACAGAUCAAGAGCCAGCCGGCAACUAUCGAUGUCGCUUACCUGAAAAAGCAAUUCGAGUCGCCCCCAUACUCCGUGUCUGUCGAAGCAGGUCAGAGUACCGAACUUAGGUGUCUGCCUCCGGUGGGAGUGCCGCCACCUAGAGUUUACUGGUUAAGAAAUAAUAUUCCCGUAGACACCGAGACGGACACACUUCUCGUGUCUAGCGAGGGCCAUCUACUUAUUGGUCAAGCAAAACUUAGCCAUCAGGCGAAUUACACCUGCGUCGCCGAAAAUAUCGCGGCGAAACGACUGAGCGAACCAGUCAGCCUAACAGUACACGUUAACGGUGGCUGGUCUUCCUGGUCGUCUUGGUCGGAAUGUCACUCGCGAUGCGCGAAAGGCGGUCAGAAGAGGACGAGAACGUGCACGAAUCCAGCGCCCAUGAACGGCGGUCAGCCGUGCCUCGGCCCCUCUCAGCAAAAGAUGGACUGCAACUCGGGUUGCUCCGCCGGGGCUUUGGAAGAAUUCACUAACACCCUGGCCGUGGACGGACAAUGGUCCAGAUGGUCGACAUGGUCGAUGUGUGGGAGCGACUGUACGCACACGAGGAAGAGAUUGUGCGACGAUCCGCCACCCAGCCACGGUGGACGAUCUUGCCAGGGCAGGGACAUCAACGUGGGGAAUUGCACCGGCGGCAUGUGCAACGUCGGCAACGCGAAGGUGGGCGGCGCUCAUUUAACCGAGGAAGCGAAUCGCCAGAUGGACGUAGCCUUAUACGUCGGUCUAACGGUCGCCUGUGUGGUAAUUGGUGGCCUGGCGAUCUUUCUGGCGAGACUCCUGCGACGAAAAGGUCGUGAUCAUUCCUUGUACUCCAUGGCUCGUAAUGAAUUCCAGCCGGAGUUCUUCCCGGAUCAGGACAAGAAGCUGAGCCUGCAGCCGGAUGUGACGGCGACGAGUGUGCCGGCCUGUUACGAGUAUCCUUUCGACCCGAAGCUGUCGAUGUCGAGAUCCCUUUCGGAACAUCACUACGAUGUGCCGCAUUUGUCGAUCGCGCCGCAACCGUCUCCGAUGUCGCCCACGCCGAGCACUUCGACCCAGGAGUCAUGCAGCGACAAGCAGAUCCAUUCCGACAGCGAGAACAGCGUCACUAGCUCUUACUCGUCCUCCGACUCCACGUAUAACGUCGCCUCGGAGAGCGUCCGGUUGCCGAAGCUGGAGGCCGGAAACGUCGCCAGAGCGGCGGUGAACACGCGUGGCGCCCUGCUGGUUCUCCCGGACUCCGGGAUCUCAAUGUCGGUGCCCGAGGGAGCUGUUCCCAAGCAGCUGCGGGAGGAGCUCUAUCUGGCGGUGCUCAACGAGGAUCGUUACAGGCCCCGAUUACCCGACGGGAUAACUCAGUUAUCAGCGGUGGUGACCUGCGGUCCAUCAUCCGCGACCUUCAACAAGCCUGUGAUCCUCCAAUUCGAGCAUUGCGCCAUGUUGCAUCCGGCAACUUGGGAACUGACCGUUUGGGCGUGCGACGGGAUUAACGUCGACGACGGCUCGUCUUCGAUCGUGUCGAAAGAUCACCAAUCAAUUACGUGGAGCAGAGUGCUGACUCUAGGCAACGAAACCAUCAACACGCCGCUGUUCACGCAGCUAGAUCACGCGGAAGCUUUUAUCGUGACCGAGCAGCUUCGCGGUUACGUGUUAGCCGGGCAGAGCUGCGAGAAUUCGAUCGCCACGAAGAGAUUGCGAUUGGCAUUGUUCGCCAGCCAGGCCGGUCAAUGCUGCGUCAGAGUUUACGCCGUGGAAGACACGAAGGCGGCAAUGAAGGCCAUCGUCGAUCGGGAAUCACAAAUCAGGGGCUAUCUGUUGGACAAGCCGCGCACGUUGCUGUUCCAAGACAACGGGGAGUCGCUUUGCGUCAGCCUCGAGGAAGUCGGCAACGAGUGGCAGAGCAAGUCGCCCACGGAACGUCAGGAAGUCCCGUUCCGGGACGUUUGGAACCGGCAGGAGAACGCCAAGCACGUGACCUUCGGCCUGGACACGGCCUUUGGCCCGACCACCACGAGGAGCUACAAGCUGCAAGUCUCGCAAGGAAACUCCGACACGAGACAGGUCUUUAGAAUCGUUUACGACGGCGCGAAACAGUUGAUCUCUUCGGGUAGCGUCACGAGGCCACUCAGGGAAGUCACCGUGGUUAGCAGCGGACAUGCUAACAACGCCACGACCGACUCCACCACUCUGCGACCGUUUCGGUUUACGAGAUCCUUGAGGAAGCAGCUCUGCCAAUGCUUAGACCCGCCAAACGCUCUGGGCAACGAUUGGAGAAUGUUAGCGCAGAGGCUUCAAGUCGACAGGUACAUCAAUUACUUCGCGACCAAGGCCAGCCCGACCGAGCACAUUCUGGAUCUGUGGGAGGCGAGGCACCGGGAACCGACGGCGGUGACGGAUCUGCUGAACCAUCUUAGAGUAAUGGGCAGGACCGACGCCGCCACGAUUCUGGAGGCUCAGCUCGGCCCGUGGCUUUGAAUAAAUGGAAAACCGGAUCUUGAAAAGAGCGUUUUCAGCGGUGAGUGAAAGUCGAGACCGCGUCUUACGCCCGCGUGAAGUGAUCAGUGAAUCAAUGUGUAAUCGAACGGCGACCGAUAAACUCGAGACCGACCGGCGAGCGAGCGAAACGGAUCGUCGGAGUGAGUGAGUGAGUGCGUGCGUGCGUGCGUGCGAGAGGGAGAGUGAGAUAAAAGAGGGCAGGAGAACUCGGUUCUCCGAACGGACUCAUCGAAACACUGCCUUAAUUAUGCGCGACAAACGCGUCGGUACUUUUGUAAAUAAACGUGGGAGCUAGUGGAAAGCCCGAGGAUCCCCCCUCUAGGAGAUCCACGGCCGCGUCGAGGCUCACGGACCGAGGAAGAUCUUAUCCGGGAUUUCGAGAGGCGACGUGGCCCGUGAAGGAAGACCGUAUAUAAUCGUGACGAAGUAAUUAGGGACUGUGCAUUUAGACGGACAUACAUGUACAUAUAUACUAAAAAAAAAAAAAAAUAACGCGCGCAGAUACAGAUGGAUAUAUCCAUUUUAGAGAUGGAUGUUUAUAUAUAUAAAUAUAUGUUAUAUAUAUAUAUAUAGAUAUAUAUACAGGACACCAAGUAAAGUUCGAGCGGAUCGGCAAUAUCCGCGACACUUCGAGACGCGACGACGUAAUUUUUUAUCGAUUUGUUAACACGAAUGCACGCAAUGAGCACGAGCGAGUGAUUAUUAUUUUUUUCUGAGAAUCGUGCCAAAAUUACCUCGGUUUCGGUAAGCGUACACUUCCGUUAUUGUUACAUCAGAGUUUCGUGAACGCCGUACAUCUUUUUUACACGUGUCGACAAUACAAGAUCGCCCUGCACGACAACGGUUCGAUGUGCGCGUCGUAUGCGCAUUGCUCACGAACGCGGGGGCAGCGCGCGAUCACAUGAAAACGAACUAAUUACGACAUGAUUUGAAUCGACGAUUUUAUUUGAGAGAAUUGUAUAUUUGUUACUUUCGACGAAUAAAAUAUUCUUGUAUACCUCAGAGCCGAA